AUGUGGGCUCUAACUGAACUAUUCUUACUCAUGACAGAUACUACACUAAAAUUGUACCCUCUCGACAAAUGUUGGUAUUGGUGGAAUUGUUGGAGUUACGUCUUAGUUGUAGCUGCACUGGGUCUACUUGCAGUGGAAAUUUACUUCGAGGAUAUUGAAAAGAACUUGAUAGUGAAAAGUUUAAUUCUUUCGAAUGAUUCUCAAACUUCCCAAAUACUCACCCAGAAUUCCAUCGUCGAUCUUCAAAUCCAACUCUUCAAUAUUACGAACUCUGAAGAAGUUGUUGGUUCAGAGGCGAAACCAAAAUUGCAAACAGUUGGGCCAUAUGUAUAUAGAAGAGAAACAAAAAAAUUGGGUAUUACCUACACGGACGAAUGUGAAUCUAAGAAAUGCCUGGUGUACUCCGAAUCUAGCCAAAUGUACUUCGAGGCGAACAAGUCAUCAGCAUUUCCUGAAAAUGAAACAAUAACCGUUCCAAAUAUCAUUAAAGUAGUGUGCAGAUAUUUAUUCCCCGGUGAUGGGUUUUUUGCAAGAAAAAGCAGAGAAGUAUGUUGUUGGUCUGAUGAAGUGUUCAUGAAAUCAAAGGCCAGUAGCUACAUGUGGGGAUUUGAAAUAGAAGGUUUUCUCAAAAACGUCGCAAGUUAUUAUGGGAUAGUAAAAAAUCUAAACGAUACGCUCGAUGGACCUUUCACCAUCAAUACUGGCGAAGGUGAUAUUACGAAACUCGGAGAGUUGGAAGCGUUUAAGGGAAUGACAUCACAUUACAUUUGGGACACUGAUUACGCAAACAUGCUUAACGGAACAACUGAUGUUGUAACUCCACCAGGUUUGAAAUUAGGUGACAAGCGCUACAUAUUCUUUGCUGGUUUAUGCCGUUCAUUUUCAUUCACAGCAACGGAAGCUGUCUUCUCAGAAGAUGUUCCUCAAUUGAAAGUGAGUACCACUUUACCACUUGCUCGGUUUGACAUAAUUACUUACUCAUUACCACAACGGAGAAUGGUGUGUUGUGCACUUGAACCAGCUGACAUAUGCCGAAUGCGUUAA